GUUCUCGCGCCUCGCUGUCGCCUCGGAUGAAGCAACUGCUGGAAGACGGGCUGCGCAACCUGCCCUCUCACUUGAGGGUCCGCAGGACCCUGGAGCGCUACUCGGCUGCCCCUUCCGGCCGCUGAGACGGCCAGCGCUUUUCGACUCCGAU